GACAAGGAUUUGAAGUUCAACCAAACGAAUAUGCAGGCAUAAAUCUGGCAACUUUGCUCGUCAUUGCUGGCAAUGACUUUAAGAAUUCCCAAGAGCUUCAGCAUAUUGGUAUGAUGCUAAACCAUCUAAUAGGUAAGAAAGGCAGCCUGUCCUCGCUCAAAGACUACUGGGACGUAGCUACUUUCUUCGAGAUCUCAGUACUGGCGCAAGAUUACGUGAAGGCCAUACAAGCGGCCGAGUGCAUGUUCAAACUGAAGCCGCCCAACUGGUACCUGAAGAGCACGAUAGGAAACAUUGAGCUUAUUGACAGAUUCAGGAAAAAGAGUGAAGAAUCAUCACCGGAGCAGCAAGUAUUUUCAUUUUGGAUGGAGUAUUUUGUUGAGGCUACUAAUACCGGCAGCUGUGAUAAUAUCAUCAGGUUUCCUGUUCUUAUUCUGGAGACCACAAAAGAGUUCAUGCCCUCGUACUUGAAUGUGAACAUGGGCGCAGAACAGAAGUCCGUGGAAAUACUCAACCUCUGUCUGAGUUCUAUACGUGGGCAGUGUAGGCAAGUCCAUAGGUGGCUUUUCACCUCGGACAUGAUUAGAAGCUACAGCUUGUACAAACGCGACGAGCGCUGUCUCUUUCUAUACGUAAGCGAGAACUCUGACGACUUCCAAAUAUUCUUGCCUUCCGAAGCCUGCAGACAACGGUUGCACGAUCUGUUGGGAGAUCUGACGGCCGAUCAUGAGAAGGUCACGGAUUUGGACACGACGGUGAUGCAAGAUCAGUUGAAAUAUGAAUACGAGCUAGAUGACUGCAACAAGCGCGUGAUUCUCGGCAAAGGCACGUACGGCAUAGUGUACGCAGCGCGCGACCUCAACACGCAAGUGCGCAUCGCCAUCAAGGAGAUACCGGAGAAGAAUCUCGGCGACGUGCAGCCGCUGCACGAGGAGAUCCUGCUGCACUCGCAGCUGAGACACCGGAACAUAGUGCAGUACCUGGGAUCGAUAUCAGAAGACAACUAUUUUAAGAUAUUCAUGGAGCAAGUACCAGGAGGGUCACUAUCUGCGUUGCUUCGAUCAAAGUGGGGACCUCUAAAGGAAAACGAAGCCACAAUCGCUUACUAUACGAAACAAAUUUUAGAAGGUCUAAAAUACCUUCACGAUCAAAAAAUAGUCCAUCGCGACAUAAAAGGCGACAAUGUCCUCGUAAACACGUACAGCGGGGUCGUCAAAAUAUCGGACUUCGGGACUUCAAAGCGGCUGGCGGGACUGUGUCCGUCCACUGAGACUUUCGCGGGCACCCUACAGUAUAUGGCACCUGAGGUUAUUGAUAAGGGUCAGAGAGGAUAUGGAGCGCCGGCGGACAUCUGGUCACUUGGAUGUACGGUUGUAGAGAUGGCUACAGGAAACCCGCCUUUCAUUGAACUGGGAUCGCCUCAAGCAGCGGUUUUUAAGGUGGGAUAUUACAAAGUGCACCCAGAAAUCCCCAACGAGCUAUCUCCUAGAGCCAAGAGCUUUAUAAAGCGGUGUUUCAUACCGGACCCGGAAAAUCGCGCCACGGCAGCUGAGCUGUUAGAAGAUUCUUUCUUAUGCGAGAAGAAGAAAACAUCUAGUCGCCUAGGCAGCAACGUAGACUACAGCAGAAGUGUCUCCGUCCCUGCCGAUAAAAUCCGGCCACCGCAGAAAAAGAUCUCCGAACCCUGUCUGCCCGGCAACCUGCCCAGUUCUCCAGAGAUCGAGGUGAAAACGAUCCGGUCUAACCCGACCAUCACUAGGACGGCUUCGUCGAUGCUCUCACCGAUACUGAUAUACCCCCCGGACUUGUCCAAUAGCAGUACUAUGCCCAAUACGCCGUCAACGGAUGAGAUGGACACGAGCGAUAGUCUGCUCAACCGGCGGAGCUCCUCAGGGGGAUUGCUUUCACCCGAGGUGGACAUGGCAACCGUACAGCGCUCAUCUAUAGACGUUGAACACGACGGUUUCUAUCUACUGAAGAAGGACUCGCAGCGCCGUCUCACUCUGUCCCGGGUGCUAGAGCAGGACAGCGAACAAAUCUGCUCCAAGUGGAUGCACAGUAUUCAUCAAGAUUUUGGCAACACAGUGCUUACAAUGAAUCAUCUGGAAACCCUUCGAUGCGCGCUAAAAGACUACAUAAUGGACCAGAACAGAAGCGUCAUCGAGCAAGCCAUAAUGAGUAUAAAAGAAGACCUGGAUUACGACUCGAACGCCAUUAAUGAACUGAACGCAGCGACCUACAUGUUCCAAGAGGCGGUGAAUGUAGUGCUGAGGAUGCAUAGCAUCAAGCCGCAUUGGAUGUUCGCGCUUGAUAACUUAGUGAGGAACGCUGUGCAGGCUGCUAUUACUGUGCUGACACCUGAGUUGGGAGCGAACCUAGCCGGGCAGGAACACCGUCGCGGCGGCGGCCGCUCGCCCAGCGGCGCAGCCGACGUCGCCACGCCCUCCGCCAUGUCCACCGCCACCUCCACCCGCGACCACAACAUGCUGCAACUGCGCCAGGAGAACCAGAAGUUACACCAAGAACUGUUGGAGAGUUACCAACAGUACCAAUCUUUACUCAGAGAAAUGCUGGAAGAGCAAAAAUUACAAACACAAAUACUUCGAGACUUCGUCAAUAGCAGAAACAGAAACAGCAAUCGUGAAGAAAAUAUAGAUUUAACAGAGGAAACCAAAUGUCCUACACCGUUACCGUCGAACAGCCCUGACUUAUCUCAGCCAAUGUCCGUCGUGUCCGAAAUUGACGUCACGCCGUCGCCGCUCCGUGAUUGGCUGACGGACCGAGGGGUGCCCGCGAGUGCUGCGCAGGUUCUGAUUGAUCAGGAGUUUACGUUGGAAGACGUGUUGCAACAUGUUCAGAGAGACGAUUUGGCGAGGUUGAAUCUCAAAGGUGGCGUAGAGCUUCGCCUAUGGCGAGCGAUUGUAGAUCACCGGCUACAAACAAAUGGGUCGGAGCGAUUACGGCGGACCAGCAGCACAGAAACUGACAUAGACAACAAUUCCAUCGUCGUAGUUGAAUGUCAGAGAUAUACUAACAAUACUAACCGUAAACGGCGGUUGGGUCCGCACGACGUAACCGGCUGAGGCGGCCGCAAUCCACCGGCUUGCUACCGUCCUAA